UUGGCUGCGGCGCCUCGCGUCACCCCAGGUUACCUGCAGAGCGCGUCAGUGCUUGGGAGAGAGCGAGCGAAGCGCGCUGCGUGUGCAGAGCACAGAGCAUACUGAGCGAGCCCUCCACAGGGGGCCCUGCACGUUACGGCCACCUAGCCACGCCCGCCCCUCCUGCAAUCUCUCCAGGCUCUGCACUCACUGCUCUGCUACAUCCCUACUGGGCUCUGCACUCACUGCUCUGCUACAUCCCUACUGGGCUCUGCACACACUGCUCUGCUACAUCCCUACUGGGCUCUGCACUCACUGCUCUGCUACAUCCCUACUGGGCUCUGCAAUAUCCCUACUGGGCUCUGCACACAUUGCCCUGCUAUAUCCCUACUGGGCUCUGCACACAUUGCUCUGCUACAUCCCUUAUAGGCUCUGCACACACUGCUCUGCCACCUCUCCAGGCUCUGCACUCACUGCUCUGCACACACUACUCUGCUAUAUCCCUACAGGGCUCUGCACACACUACUCUGCUAUAUCCCUACAGGGCUCUGCACACACUACUCUGCUAUAUCCCUACAGGGCUCUGCACACACUACUCUGCUAUAUCCCUACAGGGCUCUGCACACACUGCUCUGCCAUAUCCCUACUGGGCUCUGUAACCUCACCAGGCUCUGCACACAUUGCUUUGCUAUAUCCCUACUAGGCUCUGCACACAUUGCUCUGCAGCCUCACCAGGCUCUGCACACAUUGCUCUGCAGCCUCACCAGGCUCUGCACACAUUGCUCUGCAGCCUCACCAGGCUCUGCACACAUUACUCUGCUACAUCCCUCUUGGGCUCUGCACACACUGCUCUGCUCAUCUUAGAGGAGUGCAGAGCCUCAGAGUGGGCGGUGACCAACCUACUACCCAUCCCAAACUUCAGACAAAGGCAGUGGGGGGUAUGCAUCCCUGGGGCUGUGGCCCCUGUCUGUGACCUGUAAUUAGUGGGGGCCUCUGUGAUGAGGGGGGCAGCAGAAGACAUGGAUGGCUUUGAGGGUGAAGCUUCCACAGCCUCCAUGGUGUCUGGGGCCAGCAGCCCAUACCAGCCCACCACAGAGCCAGUAAUGCCCAACAGGGGGCUGAGAGGAAUCACCUGUGACCUGGACUACAUGAGAUCCCUCUAUGGUAUCCUCAAAUGCAUCCAAGUGGUCCUGGCCCUCCUCUCGUUUAUCUGCAUCGAGACCAUCAUGGAAUGUUCCCCGUGUGAGGGGCUUUAUUUCUUUGAGUUUGUAAGCUGCAGUGCCUUCGUGGUGACGGGAGUUCUGCUGCUCAUGUUUGGACUCGGCCUGCACACUAGCGUCCCUCACAUUAACUGGAACCUAACUGAUUUGCUGAACACCGGGAUAAGCGCUCUGUUUUUCUUCAUCGCCUCUGUAAUUUUGGCCUCUCUCAACCACAAAUCUGGGGCGGAAAUUUCUGCGGCGAUAUUCGGCUUUUUAGCCACUCUCGCAUAUUCCGUGAACACUUAUCUGGCACUCCGAAAGUGGAAGUUCGGCAGGUCGCAGAACAUGCGCCAAACGAAUGACUACAUGCGGGCUCGCAGCGAGUCUCGUGAUGCGGACUGUCGCCCUGAGAUUCAACGUCUCGAUGCUUGAGCAGCCUGGGCUUUGCGUAGAAGCAAGACGGCGACUCCGUUCAAUGUAGACGGCAGUCCAAUUUUUAAAAGGCGAAGAAGGAAGUAUUUGGUGGUACUCGAUAGACUUUUGCCGCACAGCACAGUUUUUACAGACUGCAGCGAAUGUGUCAGACUAAACACAGAUUAAUCUGAUUUUUACCAUUCCAUUGUGGGGUGGCUUUUUAUUUGUAUUUUUUUUCUCCUACAUGAAUAUUACUGUAUCAACAGAUUAUUUUCUGCCUGCAAAAGAGGGGUACAAUCCAUUAUCACCGCCAUCUGCUCAUGAUAAUUUUGGAAUUGUAUUUAUUUCUUAAAUUUUGUGCUGUACUUAUUCUAUGAAGGAUUUUUUUUUUAUAUAUAUUAUUCACUUAUUUUUACAAUAUGAAGGUUAAGGAAGAUGACUCUAACCCUAUUUUCUUCACUUCUCCCCCCCUCCCCCCUCCCCAGUGAUCUUUUUUUAAGUAAUGUUUUAGCUCAAAUUAAGUUUUACUGUAAACCCAAAACCAUGUUAUGUUUAUUGUUCUGAAGGGAAAAAAAAACCCUCAAAAGGGU